AUGGACUGGAGAACAGUCAUUUAUGUUGUUUUAUUGGUGAGCCUUAGAGUAGCCAGAGCCCUGCCUAGAACUUCUCAGGACCUAGAGGAAAAAACAAGCAUUGGCCAGCGAUUCUCUCAGCUGCAGGAGAACAAUUUCAAAGUCAUUGCCCUGAUCCUGUUUGCCCAGUACGUGCCAGGAGGGACGUUCAGCAGAGCAGCCGCAAUGGCCGAGGGAGUCACGGCCCUGGCCAGAAGGUGUGCGGCAGCGGCCAGCGACAGCCCCGACUGCCUGAAGCCUCUGGACAAGAUUUUCCUUGAUACCAUAUGCCAGGAGGAAAACCUUCCCCGGCCUGCUGAGUGCUGUGCUAAAAGGGAUCCUGAAAGAAAUGACUGCUUCCUCUCCCUGAAAAACUCCUCACAAGGGUUCAGCUCUCCUUUGGAGAGGCCAGAUGCUGAAGCUGCCUGCAGAAACCAUUCACAGCACGGACAGCCAUUAACAGGAUAUUUUAUCUACGAAGUUUCCAGAAGGCAUCCCUUCCUCUACGCCCCAACAAUCCUGUCUGUGGCUCUGCGGUAUGAGGAGAUGAUGCAGAAAUGCUGUGGAAAUGCUGAAGGCCGCUCCCAUCACAUAGAGGAAUGCUUCCAGAGACAGGCACCAAAGGUGAUGAAGCCAGUAAGAGAAGAUGCCCUGAGGCAGGAACACACUUGUGGAAUCCUGAAGAAAUUUGGAGAAAGGACCUUAAAGGCUCUGAAGCUUGUCCAGAUAAGCCAAAAAUUCCCCCAAGCUGACUUUGUCACUGUUCACAAACUGGUGGUGGCCGUGGCCGACAUGCACAAGGACUGCUGCCGUGGGGACACGCUGGACUGCAUGCGGGACAGGGAAGAGAUCCUGCGCUACGUGUGCAGCGGCCAGCACGUCCUGUCCAGCCGGAUCCAGCAGUGCUGUGAAAAGCCUCUGUUACAAAGGAGCGAGUGCAUCCUCAACAUGCAAAACGAUGACAAACCUGCAGGCUUGUCCCCCCUCGUCAGGGAGUUCAUUGAAGACAAAGGAAUAUGUGAACGUUUUGCCCAGGAAAAAGACAUGCACUUAGCCAAGUUUCUGUAUGAAUACUCCAGGAGACACCCGGAAUUUUCUGCCCAGAUGCUUUUAAGGAUUGGCAAAGGCUACGAGGAUCUGCUGCGGGAGUGCUGCAGGCCCGGGGCUCCCAGUGGCUGCCACAGCAGAGGGGAGGAAGAAUUGAGGAAACAUAUUUAUGAAACGGAGAGUGUCAUGAGGACAAGCUGUGACAUUUACAAGGAGAAAGGAGAUUACUAUUUCCAAAACGAGCUCCUCGUGAGUUUCACCAAGAAGAUGCCUCAGCUGACAUCAGCGGAGCUGAUCAAAUUCACCAAGGAAAUGACAACCAUCGGCUUCAAAUGCUGCCAGCUAGGCCAGGACAAGCUGCUGCCUUGUGCCGAGGAACAUCUGGAUCUGGUGCUCGAGCAAAUCUGUAGGAGACACCUGGCUGAUCCCAUAAACCCCGGAGUUUGCCGCUGCUGCAGCAGCUCCUACGCCUUCAGGAGGCCGUGCAUAGGCAAACUGGAGAUCGAUGAGACUUUUGUGCCCUUAGCACUGACUCCGGGCCUGUUUGCUUUCCACGGAGACCUGUGCACCUCGGAAGAGGAGAAGUUACAGCACAGGAAGCAGGAGAUGCUCAUCACCCUCCUCAAGUGCAAGCCCCAGAUCAGCGCAGAGCAGCUGGGCUCCGUCACGGCCGCCUUCGCUGCCAUGAGGGAACGGUGCUGCAGAGAGGCCAGCCCUGAGGCCUGUUUCCUCAAAGAGGGUCCAGAACUUAUCAAAAGGAGUGAGAAAAUGCUGUCAGCAUAAGGAGCUGCACAGCCCAAGGGAAGGUCCUCGCUGGACGACAGGAAGUGACACAAACUGCACAGGG